AUGACAGCUGAUAAGCGGAUCCUCUAUUUAGGUGCAAUCGAAGACCCUGUCCCAUCCAACCGCUCCCCACCUACCCCUUCAUCAGAUUCCGUGCCCCCAGAUUCCGCGCCGAGAGUGACACCGACCGCGCGAGAAUUCUUCUGCCGCGCCUGCGGCGGAGUGUUCAGCGAGAAGCCGAGAUACAUCUGCCUCCAGUGCUCCACCACUACAUACUACCACUGUCCCCAAUGCGAGAAGGAGAAGAAACAUAAGAGCCACGCCAUGCUCUGUGUGUCCUCGCCCCUUUUUUCUCUGGAUUUCGAUCGCAAUGCGCGAUGCAACGAAUGCAGAAGUACCAUCAGCGACGUCCGUUACAAAUGUCUCACUUGCCCCGACUACAACCUCUGCCUCGCCUGCGAAGAGGGGAAGGCUCACUCCAAGCACCCCAUGCUGAGAUUGCUCACGGGGAAGAGCUCCACCCCGACUGAGGAGAAUCCGUCUUCUUCAGCGCCUCUACUCCAGGGCAAGACACUCUGCACGGCAUGCAAUGCCUCCAUCACGGGCCUUCACUACAAGUGCGUGAACUGCCAGGACGAAGUCCGCUUGUGUGAAUCGUGCCAAGAAACGGACACGACGCAUGCACAACAUCGAGUUCUUCGAUGCCCUUCUUUGGUCUGCCAAACGAGUAAUAGGUGGAUGUGUGAUGCCUGCAUGAGGACGCAGAACCAAGGAGCACGAUACAAAUGUUUGGCGUGCCCGGACUUCGACCUCUGCUCUUCGUGCGCUGCCGGACAGAAUCACACCCAUCAUCCGAUGCUUCGCCUCCAAUUCACUCACAGAAACGCACCUCCGCCUCCAAAGCCUCGUCCAAAGGACAUGCGACCAGGCCCUCACCCAAAUCCUCGACCGAGGAAGCCGCAUCCCCCUCCACCCAGGCGCAGCGCCCCCACGCCUCAUCCCCAGAGGACUGCAAAUCUGGCGCCACGUGCCUCAGCCAACGAGGACGGAAACCUGUGCAAGCUGUGCCUGGAGGAGGAGCUGGACUGCGUGUUCCUCGACUGCCGCCACAUGGUCGCCUGCCUCCCUUGCUCUGAGAGGGUUCAGAAUUGUCCCAUCUGCCGGAUGGUCAUCGCUCAGCGGAUCAAAAUCUUCAAGGCGUGAAGCACGCUUCUCCGGUUGGCUUGGAGGAGUCCAACUUUACCUAACAGUAAUUUAUCUUUAGAAGCUGGAAAUUAGUCAUGUCGUUUCGAAUUUCUCAUAUUUCUGCUCUGCAGCCCUCUUGUGGACAAUUCAGAAUUUUCUUAUUUGCAUUGUAUAAUGCUAGCUAUCAACAGUCACUCUCUGCAAUGCGGGUGACAGCAGGCUCCAAAAAUGCCCAUCAGAACGUAAUUGUCAGAAGAAAGACUCAUUUGGAAAUUUUCGGAACGUAAUUUUAUUUUGCACUUUCGACAGUAUUAGAUUAGAUUUUAAUAAAUUCUGCAAGUGAGGACAGCAUCCAACAACAUGGAAUGCAGACUCGCAAAAUUCUCGAUCCAGUCUCCAAAAAAUUGCAUAUUUGCGAAUGGUAUUCCCUUCACCUAUCAAUUUGAUCAAUUUAUCAAUUUUCCCGCAUUGCAAAUGAUGCGAUUCGACGAGUCCACAGCUGUAUUUUAUUGCAUAUUCAUGUUCGAAUUUUAUCUUGUAAACAUAUCAAAUUCGAAGUCAACCCGC